AUGGGAAUCAACGCUGAUGCUGCCAUCAAAUACGCCCAAGCCGCGCUUAUCGCCGCCAGAGGUGGUGUGGUAAUCGAUGCAUCUGACGCCAACGGCAUAUACUCUUAUAUCUUUUCCAUCUUUGCGAUUAGUGUUGGUUUAGUUCCUGAAGUCGGCCCUCUUCUGGCUGCCUUGACAUCGCUAUUCGGCGCCGUCCUCUUCCCCUCGAAGAAGGAUCCCAACGCCUUGUGGAACAGCCUACGCAAACAAAUUGAAACCUUGAUUGGUGCCAAGAUCCAGGAGAGUCAGGUCAAGAUCUUGCAGAAGAAAGUCGAGGGUUUCGCCGCAAAUAUGAAGGCUUUUACCCGCGUCUAUUAUGACUAUGAGAAGAUUACCGAUGCCAAGGAGAAGGCAAAGCAGGCCGAGACUCUUCGCACCCAUCACACUGCCUUCCUUGCGGUCCUAACCGCGGGAAUCCCGGAAUUCCAGGUCGAGGAUUACGCCGUGGCCGCUCUUCCGCUAUUUACCCAGGCCGCUAGCAUGCACCUUACGCUCCUGUCUGACGGCAUUAAGCACGGAGAAGCAUGGGGAUGGACUAAAAACUACAUUAAAGACAACCUACAGGCUGAGUUUGACGAGCAUACAGUCUCCUCUCCUAAGCCCAUCCGAGCUCCGUACUGCCGAGCCAAACAAUCGCAGCGAGAGCCAUCGCAGCGAGAGGCCCUCAAGGAGUCUAUCGCCACCGGCGAGGCUGCGGGCUGGGACGCCGAGCUGCUCGACACCUGGAGAGAUGCGCUCGCGUUCCAGUCUAAUGCGACCGCCCCUGGUAACGCGACCGCCGGGCCUGGCGCGACUCUGACCUACCCCGCCUACGUUAAGAAGUACUACGAGAAGGGCCGUACACUUGUCAAGCCUUACACGUCGAAAUGGGGCGAAAAGGGACUCAAGGAGGCUCUACAUGCUAUUGCCCUAUCUGACUACGACACGACCAUGAUCAAGAACGUGCUCACGCCUGCUGAGUUCUGGCCGUAUAUGGCUGGCAAGGAGAUGCCUAAAUCCGCUCAGCUGGCGCUAGAUCGCGAGAUCUUCUCAGGCCCGUACGGCCGGUACACCAACGGCGCCACCUGGGACGCCAAGAAGCAGCCUUCCGUGACCGAACGCGGGAAUAACAUCACGGCCGUUAGAGUGCGCCACUACCAAGACGUCGACUCUCUCCAAGUAAAGUACGGAGUUCAUUGGGGACACUUGUUUGGAGACGGCAAGGGUGGCGUUGAGCAUCAGGCCAACUUGGCCUUUGACGAGUAUAUUGAGGCGGUUGAUGUGCAGUACGGAGAGAAAAUCGGUCAGCUGACGUUCUUUUCUAACAAGAAAAAGAAGUAUGGGGGGUAUGGAGCCGGACAGCAUUCGCGUCAAAAGAGCACUGUCAAGCAUGAAGGAUUCGGCUUGACCAGCAUGGUUGUCACCAACUGGGAGGCGCAUGCUCCCACCGGCUGCGAGGGCGUUAUCUUUGGCUUCAGACCUCUUCUCGGCGCCGGGCCUUGA